AUGCUUUACCGACCCUCGUCGUUCGCCUUCGCCGUCCUCUGCGACACCUUGCCGCCCGUCUUCAUCCUCCUCCACGACCGGAGCUCCUCCGCCUCGUCGCGCCGACCCCGACUCCUCCCCGAGCCCGCUACCAUUCCUCGUUUGGCCCCAAGUGAGCCGCCACCUCCCCUCCUUCCUUUCUCUACUCAUCGCGCGUCGCCGUCGUGCCCUGCCCCCGACGGCCACCGCGACCCCCUGCCCCUGCUCGCGCGGCUGCGCGCAUCAUCGCGCUCACCGCGCCCGGUCCCCGUGCUGCUGCUCCUCGGCCUGCCUCUCUGUGUGCCCGCACCAGCACACCACCACGGCCUCCUCCCGCUCGCGCUUGCUGCCAUGGUCGCGCGCGCCCUGCGCCGCGCGUGUCUGCCCCCGACGCCCCUGCUCCUCGUGUCGCCGCCCCCUACAGCUAGACAGCGCGCCCGCGCCUUUCCGUCGCCUCACAUGCUGCUGCUCCCCUGCACUGGCUGCGUCUGGCCACCACCGCCGCCCUACCGUUGGUCUCCGCCGUCAAGGGAACCCUCGCUACGGCUGUGCUCGUAG